AUGCAGGACUGCCUACCAAUCUGGCUUGGCAUAUCGCAAUUUGGCAGUUGUGGUCAGAGAGCCAACAUCUGUGCGCCAUUUGUAGGAUCCGCCCAGGCUGAAGGCAUACCAAAGAGUGUAGUACAACCUGGCGGUAAUGGGCGUGUGGCUUCGGGGGCGCCCCACUCGCCGCCUCCCGUCCUCAUGGGCAUGGCGUAUCUCGCACCCCCGUUUCUCCCAGUCUCACCAGUUCGGCCCGAUUGGUCCGUCCACCCUCCACUCUCCUCCCUCUACCCCCAGCCCGACCUCAUUUUUUAUGUCCUCCCUCCGUUCUACCCCUUGCCCACCUCCUCCAUGCGGCCCGGCGAAGGCGCUAACUUAAUAGACAGUCAAGUAGUCACCAGCCCUUUUGUGGCCGAGGCUCGAGUCUGUCUUGCCCGUCCGACCCAUCAUCAUCUGCCUUCUUUUUCCCACCCGUUUUUCUAUUUUCCCACUCUCCUCACGAGCGAGGCUUCGCGACAUCGCUUUCUGUCACUUCUCACACAACCCUAA